GCACCCGGAUGUUUUAGUUGUUCACGAAAACGAAGCAUUUUCCAAAAAGAUACUGAUAUUUUCCGUUUACAGUAUUUUCAAAGACUUUGACAGCUCUUGCAUUUUCUAAUAUUGACAUUCACCUUCUUGUUUUCAAAUAACAUUUUAAUAUGUUUUCCCGCAUUAAUACACAAUGCGGAUUUGAACUGUGGGUCCGGUCUACCCCACCCACCACCCAUGCGUUGAUUUAGUAGAGGCACAUUGUGUAUAACGUGUCUGACACGGAACUAUCGUCUGAUAAUUAAAACAUGUGUAGAUUUUAUUGAUUAAUACAUGCUACUGAUCUGAUUUAAAUCGGAAAAAGAGGUUGGGAAAACCAGUGACAGCCGUACAUGUUUGCAAAAAUAUUCACAUUAAUUUGUUGUGAUGUGAUACUAAUGAAACUAUGUGACAGUUUGCUUUAUUAAGUUUUUGAGUUAACUAAAAAUGAGCGAAGACAAUCCACCUCCUCUGCCUCCAAGAUCUAUCAUAAGACAACAUAUUCCUGGGCAUACUGAUCAUGCAUCUGCCUUGCAACAACAGGAUCUGCAAUUAUGGCAGCAUGUGUCACUGUCUCAGCCUCAGCAAGCUGCUGGUGUGCAAGCAAUGCCAGUCGGAAUUGGGUUUAAUAAUAGACCACAGCAGCAAAUAUGGGCAGAACAUUCUUCAGCUUUUUCUCAAAGAGGCUGGCAACCAUUUCCUCAAGCACAUGCACAACAAAGUCCCCAAGAAUCACAAGAUUUAAACCCUCAAGUUGUCCGAUCUCAGCAACAAAAUUGGCCUGGUGAAAUGAACCAGCUGCAACUUCAGCAGUUACAACAGCUGAUUUGGUUGCAACAGCAGCAACAGCUUCAGUUACAGCAGCAACAUCAGCCAACUGAGCAGAACAUUCAUCAUCUUGAACCAAUAGGUCAUGGUCAUCGGGAUGAUCAGUCUCACGAAAAAUUCACAAAAUCACCAUCACCACAGAUUGAGGAAAAUAGAAACUCUCCAGCUGUUGGAAGACCAUUUAUGCAUAAUGUCACAAGUCCACAACAGCAGUUGUGGCAACAUCCUCAAGUGAUGCACCAGUAUGACAUGCAGCAUGGGGAACCUCAGCAUUCCCAAGCUUUUCACCAAACUCCAGUCUCCCAUCAUCAGCCAUUGUUUGCUCAGCAGCAGUAUGUGCAACCAGCAGUGUGGCAACAUCAUUCACCAUACAGCCAAGUACAGAUGCAGCAUUUAAGACAAAGUACACCACCUAUACAGCAGCAUGUUUUAUGGCACCAACAACAGCAGCAACAACUUCACCAGCAUCAGCUCCAACAGCAGCAACAACAGCAGCAGCAGCAUCACCAUCCUGUUGAACCACCACCUCCCUAUUCACCUCCUACAAAUAGUUUCUUGGAAAGAUCUCCUGUAAAAAAAGAGAUGGAAGUAAGAAAUGAAAAUGUUAGUUUAUUUAAUAAUAAUCGAUUGCCAAGCGAGCCUACAGUGAGUAGAAAUGACACUAUAAGUAAAGUAGAAACUAAUGUGUCUACUGUGCAUACUGUAGGGAUCACUCCAUCUGCACCUCCAUUAUCACUGACCAGUCAACCUGUAACAGAAAGUACCAAACAGAUACGAAUACUUAGUAAAUCUAAUCAGAACAAUGAGGAAAAAAAUAGUUUCACAUUGCCGUCACAGAGAUCACAAGAUACAGAAUUUCCAAAUGUUUCAUCUGCACCACAGUCAACACCUCAGCCAUUGGCACAGAGACCUAUCCAAGGGGUUACAGCAAACAGUAAUGUUUCUAAGCCACAGAGUUUCAAUCCAAAUCCGAAUAUAAAUCCAUAUCAAAAUUUAAACCCACAUAGUGUUAUAAACAAAAAUCUUCAGGGGUUGUAUGGGAGUCAGAACGCCAGGUACUCUGCUCCAUUUAAAGACGGAGGUUUUGGUCAGGGUCCAAAUAUGCAACAGUUCAAAGCAAGAUCACCAGGCUCUAUGGUAAGGAACCAAGCGCCAAACCCAGCAUUAGCCAGUAACGCUUUUCAGAGGAAUGCACAAGUAUCAGCAUCAAAUUUACAUCAUGUGGAGAACGUUGAAGUCAGCAUAUUUGUGCAAGGACUGAAUCCUCGCACACGGGCAGAGAGUAUACAGAACUAUUUUGAAGCUAUUGGGCGACCAGCCACAGUUAAAGACGGCAUACUGUUUAAUUUGGAACAUACAGAGGCACUUGUCAUCUUUCAGCAAAAGCCUGAUAUGAUAAAAUUAAGACAGACUGUAAAGGCCAGGAAACUAGAUGGAUUUGGUCUUGAAAUCUGUGAAGUACCACCUCCAAAAGCUAUUGUAGUAAGUAGUGAUGGUCAUAUACGUAGCAGGGAGACACUUGUCUAUUAUUUUGAGCGAGAAUCCAUUGGUGGUGGCCAUCUUAAGAAGAAUGGGGAUGUAGAAACUGAGGACGGUUGCUGCCUGUUGGAGUUUGAAGACUAUAGAGUUGUCCAGCGUUUGUGUUCAGGGAAAAGGCAACAUCGUGUAGAUGGGAUGCUUUUACGAUUGUCACCAUAUUACCAAUGUGAAAAUGGAGCUAUCUGGGAUAUGGGCUUACAUAUUGUUCCAGUACCUAAACCCGUCAAUAUUCAAAUUCUUCCAGAUCAGUUAGAAUUUGUUAAGAAACACUGUCAACCUCAGUUCACUGCCCGUCUUCGUGACAAAUACGCAGACAUGACUUUUUCCAAGGAUCAUGUUACAGUAAAGUGCACUCUGAGGCAGAACAUGCCCAAUUACCGAACAUUAGUAAGGGGCUGGGAAACUGGUGUCCAGGAGGCUGUAGCUAAAUUCCUAGCUGGAAAUAUUGACCAAGCCGAUAUUGGUGUUCCAGAACUUAUUUGGGAUAAAUUGAUGGAGUUUCUCAAUUCAGGGAGGCCAGAAUUUAAGGACCUGCUAAUGAAACCAGAUAGGGAGAGAAGAUCAAUCAAAUUGGUUGGCUAUAAGGUUAAUGUGAAACUUGCUCAUCAGGUUCUCAGUGACAAGGUGGAAACACUUUCUCGAGAAGCUAGGAGGAAGACUGAGACGAGGAAAGUCAAGUCCAUAGAGAAGCUUACAGUGCUGGAGAUUCAGGGAACGUUUAGUGCAAUAUGUAGAAAAUACGGGGACAUGAAAAUUCAUGUUGACGGAAAUGAGGUUACCGUUGAAGGUGACCCUGCUGACAUUCCUAAUGCUUUUAUUGAAAUGUACAGUGAAUGUGAUAAAAUUGAACCUGUAGAAUUUAAACAUUUGAAGACUAGAGAAUGGGUACAGUUUGCGAAAAAAGAAACUUCAGUUAAAUAUGUUCAGAAAAAACUUGACCAGAAACGCACUCGCGGAAGCUGGGAAAUCACUGGAACAUUGAUUAACGUUUAUGUCGCCAGUGAUGGUAACGGUACCGCUAUAAAAGAUACUAUUCUUGAGUCGGUUUUAGAAGAAUCAGUACAGGUAGACCGAUCUUCCACGGAUUUGCUGAACUCUGAAGUUUGGGGAGAUUUCUUGUUAGAUAAUAAAAGGAAAUUUCGAGAUAAAAUGGAAGUGUUUACAAAGAAACAACAGAUUGUUGUUGUAGUGGGUACAGACGACAUAGUGCCUCAUAUUGUUAAACUUAUAAAAGAGUUCCUUGAUUCAAAAACAGUGAAGACAGUGACGGUUCAUUGUGACCAGGUAGUGGCAGAUUUUAUUUCCGAGUGUUGGACAGAGAGCGACUUCGCAGAGAUACAGAAUAAUGAUGUUGUUAUCAAAACAAAAGCUAAUGGUAUAGAGUUGACAGGGUUGUCAGAGAACCUGAUUAAAGGAAAACAGAAACUAGACAUGAAGUUAAAACGAAUGUGUAGUAAAAGACAUUUCCUGAAACGAACUGGAAUCCAUGCGGUUUUAGAAGCUGCCAAACACUCUGGUACAAUCAGUGCCAUUGAGAAGGAGAAUAAGUGUAUUAUCAAGCUUCCACAGGACAUUGAUGAAAGCAUCUCUGUGAUGUUGAGUGAUUUUGAAGUUAUUGAACCUGAAAUGUUAGAAGAAGAUGCUCAGACAUCAAGUUCAGUGUCAGCCCCAAAGUGCUUCCAGACAAAGAAACACAAGAUCAAGAUACACCUGGUACAUGGAGAAAUGGGACAUCAGAAGGCUGAUGUAAUUGUAGCAAGUGCAGCUAGCAAUCUGAAUCUGAGGAGUGGCUCGGCUUCAUACUCCUUGGUCAAACAAGGAGGGGCCCAGCUACAGACAGACUGUAACAGACUGUACCCUAACGGCAUUAAAGAUGGCGAGGUUGCCGUCAUUGACUCAGGAAAUCUUAACUGUGAUAAAGUCUAUCUCACCUCACUACCCUCAUGGAAGGAGGCUGGAAAUAAUGGUGGAAAGGUUUUCAGAAAUGUUAUGCGUGAAUGUUUACGACGGGCGGACCUCCACCCCAAAAAAAAACAAUGGCGAUUAGUGAAAUUUGGGAACUGGGGGUUACCUCGGCUACCCUGGGGAUGUGGUUGA